AUGGUCUUGCUGACGAUGACCCCUUCCAUUGUGGAAGGAUUGCAACUGCUGGCCCAAGGUAUCCCAGAAGCAGAGCUGCUUCUAUUAUGUCAGCAAGAACCCUCAUUAGAGCAGCCAGCUGUUGGCAAUCCCAUUUCGCAUACCCAGGUCUCCGAUAUUUGGAGAGCCCUGAAGGCGGCGGGCCAUGAGGGCUACACUCUCGAAAGUCUUCUUAAGGGAUCACAGGUUUACGUACCACCGCCACCGCCGAAGCCAGAGCCGUCGGAAGAAUACAAGGCACUUAUGGCCCGUCUGCGCCGCGAACAAGAGGAACGAGAGUACCAACAGAUGAUCAACCCACAACCUCGUCUCGAGUCGUUUUCUCAGCGUUUCCCGAAUGCCCCAGCUCUCCAACAAAGCUUUGCGGCAGUCAACAAGCCCACUCGAGCGGAUGACGUCGGCGAUGAUGAUGUCACCUUCAAUGACGUCCACCGCCAACUGAUGCUCAUCCUCAACUUCAUAGUUAGCAUCUUCGGUGUCGCUGCGAGUCUCUGGAUCUUGGCCAGGUGGUGGAGCACCCCUGCCAGGCUUUUCCUGACGCUUGGAGGGAGCAUUCUGGUUGGUAUCGCAGAAGUUGCCUUAUAUUUAGGUUAUAUCUGGCAUCUUGGCCAAGAGAAGAAGAAAGAAGCAAAGGAAAAAGAAGUGAAAGAAGUCGUCCAGACCUGGACGGUCGGCCCUCAUGAUGCAGACAAACUUGUCGAAGUCAGCAGCUCGACCAAAGAACCAACAGAGACUUCAGCUCUCCGUAGACGCAAGAGCAAAGUUAACGAAUAA